CGGAAAAGAGGCAGUGGUGAGUUAGCUAGUGAAGACUUCGGAUUAUUCCCGCUCUCCUUGGACACGUUUUUAGAAUAAGAGUUUUAUUUUUAUUUUUUUUGUCAAACAUCAUGUCUGUGCUUUGUUACAACAAGGGAUGUGGACAACGUUUUGAUCCGGAGAAGAAUUCGGAUGGCAGUAUUGGAGUUGAUCUACACAAACAUGCAUGCACAUACCACCCUGGAGUGCCUGUGUUUCAUGAUGCAUUGAAGGGUUGGUCUUGCUGCAAGAGACGAACAACAGACUUUUCAGAUUUCCUCAGUAUUGCUGGUUGCACGAAAGGCCCUCAUAAUCAAGAGAAGCCCGUUGAGCCUAUUAAACCAGAGGUGAAGUCCUCUGCGGAUAAGAACGUCAACGAUCUGAAACCAAAGUUUGAUGAAUGCAUCACCCAAGCACCAAAACCUCUGGAACCCAUCCAGCGACCAAGUCCAGAUGAGCCUUUCUCAACACUGCAACUGAAGAUCUCUCCUUCACUGAAACAAGCCUUAGAGAAGCUUAAAUUAACUGAGGAUAGUGCACAGGAGACAAAAGAAGAGGACAGUGAUGAAAUUAAGAUAGGGACAUCUUGUAAGAAUGGAGGCUGCAGUAAGACUUUUAGUGGACCAGCCAGCGAUGAUGAGACGUGUUUGUAUCACACUGGAGUUCCUAUCUUCCAUGAAGGGAUGAAAUAUUGGAGCUGCUGUAAGAGGAAAACCUCAGACUUCAACACGUUUCUGUCUCAGGAGGGUUGUACCCGAGGAAAGCAUCAGUGGAAGAAGAAAAAUACAGGAAAGAAGGUUGUACCAUGCAGGUUUGACUGGCAUCAAACGGGAAGUCAGGUUAUCAUUUCCAUUUACGCCAAAAAUUCAGUACCAGAGCUGAGCUCAGUGGAGGGGAACAGCACUGUGCUAAAAAUUCACAUUAUAUUUGAAGGAGAGAAAGAAUUCGAACAGCAGUUUAGUUUGUGGGGGGUAAUUGAUGCUAGUAAAAGUUUGGUGAGCAUGAUGGCUUCCAAAAUUGAGGUGGUGUUAAAGAAGGCUGAACCAAUGUCAUGGGCUCGAUUGGAUCUUCCCCCUGUCCCUGACGCUCCUCCAAAGGAGAAAGAGAAGGAAAAAGAUAUUGAAAGUGAGGACGAGUGCAAUGAUUAAAUUAAGAGACAGUAAGAGCAUUCUGCAGUAUUGAGAUAUCCUUCCCACGCCUGAAUAUGAAUGGGAAUUUGACUCUUGGAUUAUAAAAGAUGACAUAAUGAAGCAUGGAUGUGUUAUGUAAAUUCUGAAAGUUUGUUUGUCUAGAUUUUACCAACAAUUAUGAAAACUUACAUUGUUAAAUUUAUUGAACAGGGCAUGUUUAGAGGUUAAGAAAGCUCUUUCACACAAAGUACCAACAGUUGUUCAGUUAAUAUAUUUUUCACUGACUAAAACUGUGUCCAGUCCUAGUAAAUGGAACUUCACAUUCCCCAUGUUAUUUGUCCCAUUUAUCAUGCAACAAUGUAUAAAUGCUUUAACCUUGAUGCUUUACCACAGAUGUACAAAGUCUAGAAAAUAUUUUAAGCAAAUACUUCGUUAAAGGUAUAGGAUGCAUUAUAAAAUUAUGCUGCCUGUAAAAAUAUUACACCCUGUUAUUUUGCCAAUUAAUAUCAGGAAGAAUUACAUAGCCUGACACGGGGAGUUUUUUUUAAACUUAAGGCAGCACGGUUUUGAUAUUCCGCAAAGAUUCUAUUUGUAUUCUUUAUUUUCCUCUAAUAGUGCUUAACCUUCAGGCCCCAGCCAAACUUGUGUAAUUUCAGCCUUAGGUGUGUGCCAUUUUUCCCAAUUUCAUAUACCCAAAAAUAAAAAUAUCCCUUUGACUUGCAUUAACA